GCCGCCUCCCACUCCCUCCGCCGUCGCCGCCGCCGCAGCCGCUGCCGCAUCCAUCCCCGCCGCCGUCAAACCCUAGCCGCCGCCGCCCACGUCCCCGCCCUCCCGGACGCCGCCGCGGGGACGGCGGGGGGCGUGGAGGUGGGGAUCUCCUGCGAGCUGUUCCACUCCGCGGUCGUCGUCGACGGCGGCGCCUGGGUGUGGGCCAAGGGUGACGGGGGCCGCCUCGGCCUCGGGGACGAGUCCUCUGCCUUCGUCCCGCGCCACAACCCCAACCUCAGCGAGCUCCGCGUCCUCGCGCUCGGCGGCACCCACUCCGCCGCCCUGACCGCCUCCGGGGAAGUCUUCACCUGGGGCUAUGGUGGAUUUGGAGCUUUGGGACAUUAUGUUUACCAUAGGGAAUUGUUGCCAAGGAAAGUGAAUGGUCCUUGGGAAGGGAAGAUAUCACACAUUGCUACCCGUGGAGCACAUACUGCGGCAAUCACUGACUCAGGUGAGCUCUACAAUUGGGGUUGUGAUGAAGGCGAUCGUAGGUUGGGGCUUGGAAGUAGAGGUGGUCCUGGUGCAGCUGGUUCUCUGAGUGUUCCUUCCAAGCCACCAUGGGACUUGGAAAUUGGUGAUGCAUUUAUCAUACAUUAUACUUAUAGGUGUGACUAUGAUAUGAAGGGUAAACUCACUCAUGGCAAAGUUGCAGAAUCGAGAUUUGACAAAAGAUCCUAUGAUAGUAAACCUCCCCCUAAAAAUUUGCCAUUGCCUCAAAAUGGUUUACCUCAAAGCGUGAGGGAAAGGGAAGCUUACUUUGUUUUCUGAAAGCGAAAGGUUGGGCAAGCUCAUUGAGUGUCGGUGGUUGCACUUAUGGGACACAACGCUCCUCAUAUGCCUAUAUCUUUGAAAUGUCUAUCCGCCUUACUGAUUCAGGACUGAAAAAUGAAAACCAGCUGCCAUUCAAUAUGGCAAUGGUUCAGUUGCUGGGUUUUUCAACGAGGAUAGUGUUACAAUAGGUGAUCUGGUUGUGAAAGAUCAGGUAUGCACUAUAUAUCUCAGUUACUGAUUAUCUCUGAUCAUAUACUCCAAAAUAUUUGAACACCGUUGCUUCACCGCUUUAGAAAUUCAUUGGAGUUACAAAGGAGCCAAGCCAUAUACUUUCAUGGUUGCAAAAUUUGGUGACAAUCUUGGUCUCGGAUUUCAGGAAAUAGCUGUUUGGAGAUGCAGUGCCUGUGUGGUAAGACAGCAUGAUCUAUAGUGGUAUGAUAUACUGGUAGUUCGGUCCAUUCAUUACAAGCUGCUCUUUUUCUUAAAUUAUUUGUGUUCUUUGGGCAUUUUGCUCAAUAAGGGUUAAUCCUCGCAAAAUAUAAUCUAAUUCACCUCACUCCUUUUUAACCCGUUAAAUUAUCGCUAUCACCUUCUAUAGAGUUCCUUGCACGGAAACCUCUGUUCUGAAAAGCUGCAAAUUAUUUGUAGUUAUGGUGUUUUUUUAUGCAUUCCAUAUUGGCCAAAGCAUCGUCGGCUAUGACCAAGUAGUCUGCACAUGUGCAAGAUUUGUGGGGUUUGGAUAUGUAUUAUUUCUCCCCACUAUUGUUUCCUGAUGUGCCUUGGUGUUGUUUCCUCAUUUUAUUUGUUCCAUCUGACCGGCCAUGUUGGUUGGUAUCCAGUUUUCCCUUUAGUUGGAUUCCAAAAAUAUUUGAUAUCCCCACUCACCUUCUCUUUGUAGUACCUGAGUCUUUUAUGCAGCUUGUGUAUUUCACAAUUGACCCUUUGCAGGUGAAUAUUUGGCUUUGGCUGGUGAAAAAUCAAUGCAGCGGAUACAAUCGAACUCGAACUUGAUACGCAUUGUUCCAUCUGUGGUGUAAGAUCCUUUUGAUUGCACUAUAGAUUUUUUAUUUUUGGUGGUCUAACGCAGUAGGCUGACACUCCUUUUAACCAAUCUAUUGAUUAUCUAUUCUUGGCUUGGACAAUAUGGAGAUAGCGUGUCCGGACAAGAGUAGCAUUAUUUGUAGGUAGGACAUACAAGAAGUAGAUAUAUUUCUAAUUUCUAAAUUGUGAAUGUAUUAUUAAGUGCUUUAGCAUGUCAUAAGUAGAAAUUUGCUGGAAUGGUAGAUAAUCAUGCCCCCUUUUAAACAUAGCAUGGGAAUUAGAGUAGAAUCAGGAUGCUUUCCUUUCCUUGGUAAAAAUGUUCUUGACUGCAUUUCAAAACUUAGACCAUCAUCUAUUUCAGUGUAAUACCAUUAUUCUGCAGAAACACACAAAACUAUCAUUGAAUAGAUAGUCCUAUAUUUAUAAGGCAUGUAAUUCUUGAUUCUUUUAAUCAAUCCAAGUGCUAUUUUGCUGUGGUUCAUGAAUCUUUGCGUUACCUGUAAAGCUGUGGUUUAUAUAUUUCUUUGGGAGCUGGAUUCUCUUGGUAAUUAACUCAAUCACCUCUGUCAUUGGUGGAUUAACUGUCUUCAUGCACCUUUACGCCAUACAUGCUUUAUGUAGUGUGUAGGCCUCAGGGAUAAAAAUGUAUUUAACAAUAUGGUGUAUAUACAAGCUUAGGCAAAAUUUCCAGAUACAAACUUACUCCUUUAGCCUUCUCCUAAAAAUUGCUUACUAUUAUUUCCCUGGAGCUGUCCUCAAUUUUCUCAACAACGCUCAUAUUCUAGAUGUAUUAGUUAUAGCAAAUAAUGUGAUUGCUCAGCAGGAAGUUCAAGGAUAUCUGAAUAUUUGUUGGCAAAUGAUGUGUUCAGUCCUAAGAAUACUCUUGCACUGUUUCAGGCUUUGGUUCGCAUAAUAAACUGAGAAAAUAUUAUGGGAGUCUUCUCUUCAUUGCUGACCUAGGCAGCAAGGCAUAUGGAUAUGCCUUCAACCAACUCGAGAAUUGCACUGUAAAAUAUCAAAAAAAAAAAAGGAAAGUGUUUGUGUUCUUAUCAAGGUCUUUCUGUUGAGUUUUAAGGUUCAGAGUGAAGAUCCCUUGAUGGUCCAUUUGUGUUGGUUUGGAUCAACAACAUGCCAUGGGCUGCUGAUACUAGCAUGGCGGCUCUUGGGGCCAAGGUAAUUGAAUUCUUCGCUCUAACAAUUGUUUCUCCAGUAUUUUUUUUGUCCAUAUAGUAUACUUUGUAUUUCAAACCUAUCUUCUUGGUGGGGGAAGAAGAUCCAUAUUUCCACCUAGGGAAUAUAGUAGGCAUGUUCAUUUUCUGUUGACAAACCUGUGAUUAGGACUAGCCAUUAGCCUUAUGUAUUUACUGACCAAAAUGUGGACAUAAAUCCUUUUCUAUGGUUCUUGAAUUUACACAGAUCAAGAAUAAGGAUAUUUCUACUUGGACAUGUAUACAACUUUAGUUGUAAAAACUUAGAUGAUGUUUAGCCAUUUAGCCCAUCAUAGUACUUUCCGGUCAUUUAUUAUUCUGUUUCGUGUUGUAGCAAGGCAAACUUUAUGAUUUGUUCGUUGUAACCACUCUGAGGUAAGCAUGAUUUCUUUGACCGAUGGAGGUAGACCGUCUUGUGAUUUGAAGAAAACAAUUGGUAUGUUGAUAAUGCUAAAAGAACGCUUAAUUGUGCAUGUAAUUUGUUAUAGGGAACUAGAUUGAACUAGGUUUAUUUUUUGUUGUCUGGUUUGUUCAUCAUUUUUUUACAGCCAAAGUAAUAACCAAGGUUCUUGCUUCAAAAUUUUGUUGUUACUCUAAUACCAGUCAAUAUUUCAGUGAUAUCUAUUAAAUUACUUCUCCGAAGCUACAUUCGAACUCAGCAAGUCACCCUAUCCUAUUUAACUGGUUUCUUUUUUACAGCAUUAAAUAUAUGCUAUUUUGCCCAUGUAACGAAGAGCAGUUAAUUUGGGGAUCACUGAUCAGUGAUCACAUAAGCAUCCAUUUUUUCUGCUGAAAAAACAAAACAAACACUUUUUGCAAAAGCAUUUGCUGGAUAAUCUAUCUAUUUGGUUUAUUUGAAAAAAAAACUUCCACUCAUGGUAUAUUUCUAUUUAGGAAAAUGAGCUUAUGUUUCCUUGCUCAUUUUUUCAUUAAAAGGCUUUCCAUCAAGUAUACAUUUUGAACGGCACCAUGGUUUGCUACUGCCUAACUGCCUUUCUAGCUGAUGUUUGAUCAUGUAUAUUUUAGAAUUACUUUACAAAAGGCAUUGGCAUUGUCCUUAUAGGGACUUGGGAGAUGAUCAUCGUUUUAAUCUUCUACUUGAAAUUCUUUUACAAGUAUCUCUUUAAAUUGAAAGAUUUUGAUAAAGGGUGCAAAAAGGGUACAAACCAGAAAGCACUGUUGACUUGUCUUGUAUUGAAAAUGCUUUGCAAGGAUAGAUCUACUAGCUAUUGAACUGAGUGUAAAUAAAGGUCCUGUAUAUUGUAUAAAUUCAGUGGAAAGUUACACGUAAUGUCUAGCUGUGCUUGCGACCAUAUGGCAUUGACUAAUAUUUGAUGCAUUUUGUCUAUGUAGGUCUUACAAAAGGUUUGAUCUGCUGGUCUACUGAAGAAAACAUUAUUUAGUGUUGCCUACAAAUUAAUAGUUUUCAGUGAGGUAGCUGUCGAUGUCAGAGCACCAAGUGCUUAUGGAUCUUACCUAAAUGUUUGCCGGAGGUUGUUCAUCGGUCACAACAAUCCUCAUCAUGUUUUCAUGUCAACUAUUUUAGCCCUUGUUCCCAUCAAUUAGUUAACUUUUGGAGCUAAAAGCUUCCGAUAAAAAAACUGCAGGGGUAUGACUAGAGAUCACAUAAAUAUGACUGAUCAAUGCUCUACAAUACAUGCUACUCCUACUUCAUCUAGCCACAUUGUGUCGUCGGAAUAUACAUGCAGCCAGGUUAAAUAGAUUUAUUUGGAAAGCUUAUUGUCUUUCAGCAACAAAUAUACAUGUUUGUUUGGCAUCGUUUUGAGCCUCUUUACAGGUACUGAUUUACCUUUAAUUCUAUAAAAAAUGUUAUAUUCAUUAUAGAAUUAUCUUGAGCUUUGUCUAUGUCACCUUAGUUAUUCCAAAGGUAUAACUGAUUUAUUUCAUGAAACUAUGCUGUUAUCUAUCUUGAUAAUUAGUUCCAUGUCCUUUGCUUCAAUAGCAGCAAUGCAGUUUCAGCUUCUCCCAAGGAGAAAGCUGUAGUAAAAAAAAAAGAGGACAAAGUAAUGUGAUGCCUGCUAAUGCACCUCAUCAAUUUGUUGGCACUCUGCCGCCUGGAACCUGAAGAUUAUAUAGUUGUUUUUCAUGUCAUAGUGGCAAUGUUUACUCUCCCUAUAUUAUUCCGGUGUUUGCAAACACACAUCUAUAUCGUAAGCCAUGUAUACUCUUUGCACUUGUCUAAUUACAUUGCCAGUGUGCCUCAUAAACACAGUUGCAUGUACACACACAUAUAUAUUAGAAACACGCGUCUACCGUUCAAAGUAA